CGCAAACAUGGUCUCGUUAUCGCAGCGAAUGCGCAAACUGCAGACGCGCCUGCUGGAAAUACGCAUAGGCUCCGGCGCCCUCAUAUUACCGAAAGAAGUGAAACGAAUAAAUAUGCGAUUUGCGCCGCGGAUGAACCAAGGCCAUAUGGGACCAAAAAAAUUCUGGCGCCACGAACUCGUCCGUCUAAAAUACCACAAUCCAUCCGUAUCCAUGACAGUAGACCGAACAGCCCUCCAAGAGGAUCCAGCCGUAAUGUCAAUACACUUCUCAAAUUCGUCACCCUCCUCCUCAGAACCUCCUGAAGAAAGGAUAGAAACUAUCGACAUGAAAAACUACACAUCCUCGGAAAUCCUCGAUGCCGUGGUACGACUGACAAAAGCUUAUCCUGUGGAACCUACGCCCAAGGAUUUGGAAGAGAUGCGGAAAUUGGAGGAACAGAGGGCGAGGAGUGAAAAGGAUAGUAAAUUGAGUCAGGAGGUUCGGGCUAGGGCCAAGAGGGAAAAGCAGUUGCUUGGGCAGGCUAGGGGUGAAGUUGCUUCCCAGGAGGUAUGAGAAGGGACUUUGUGAAAGGAAUUAGGACUGGAAGACGACGCUACAGCUGCUACGUUGUGCGGGAAUGGAUGGCAUGGAAACGAGGUGCACGAAACGCAGGGUUGGUCAGGCUCAUGAGAUGAUUCGCUCUGCAGCGCAGCGAGGAAUGGGAGAGGAAUGAUAACUGAGCAUGGCGAGAAGGAAAGGUGUAUCAUGCUGUACAGUAUUCGCAUCGCUCAGAGGCUCACGGCCAUGCUACGCCUCAAUGGCCAUACCCUGCCACCAGGCCAUGCAACCCAGCACGAAGACGAUCACCAUCACAUCAACAAAGAUGGUCCUCGCAAUCGUCAAAUACCUUCCCAAAACGCGAAUGUAAUUCGCAUAAGGCUCCGGAAUAAAGCCGCUAUUCGCAACAGUCGCAAGCAUCCCUCCACCUUGCAACUGUCCCUUCUCCACAAAAUACCGCGUCGACUGCAACACCAGUUCCGCAGACGUAAAGAUAAUGAAAAGUCUCGGUCCAAGUCCAUACCCAGUUUCUUCCGUAUACACAUUCUGAGACCUCGCGAGUUUCGUACCGUUGAAGGUCGAAGAUAGACAGAUAUAUAUAGCCAAUCCGAAAGCGAAAAUCGCAUGUACGAUUCUCCAGAUGUAGGCGGAAGAUGUCGCUGGUUCGGUAGGUUCUUGCUUGGCUCCGGCUCCUGCUGCGCCCAUCAUGGCUUUGAGCAUAGGUGGGAGAUCCUGAGGAUCAUUUGGGUCUCCUCCCAUACCUCCCAUCAUUUGUUGCAUCAUUUUCAUCAAAGGGUCAUCAUUCGCUCCUCCUCCUUGUGCUUGACGUUCUUGCUCCAUUUGGAGCAUAGCAGCGGCUAAUGGAUUUUCUUGAGGAUUUGGAGGUCGGCCUGUGGUGGGCGUGGCUGCGAAACUGUUGUCUCGACUGAUGUCGACUUCUUCUGGAUCGUCGGCCAUGCUGGCAGGCUUGGGUGCAUUGGUUGCUAUAUAACGAAUGUGUCAGUCGGUGACACUGCGGUUGCGCGACAGUCCUUCUUACGUCCUCCGAGCACUUCAUCGGGCGGUGCGACACCUCCAUUCAGUGCCUUUAUCUUUGCCAGUCUGUCUUCGCCUUGCUCUGCCAUCUUUUUCUGUCGCUUUUCGCGGCGCAAACGCGCCUGACGCUGAUUUGACGUCUCGCCUUCGGGACCAUCACUGCUGGUGGUAGCCGCAGUGUCCGCCAUGACUUGCUGCGGGACUUUCGAGGUCUGUGGAAGAAGUGG